CACGACCACAAGUCACCAGCUUAACUCACUCGCCCGGGUGGAUUUCUUUUUCCUGCUUUACUUAUUUUUUACAACAUUUAAUUUAGAUUUACUGACUUUAUUUUGAUAUUAAGCUGCUGUCUGUCUGUCCACCCAUUUGUCCGUGGGUCCCCCUGGUCAAGGAUGAGGGCUCUGGCCUUCGGGCUCUUUUGCCUGCUCUGCUGCGAUGCAGUCCGAGUGGACCACAGAGACAGACGCCGUCCCAGACCAUCUGUCCUGUCCAGAGGACGCAACGACUCGGCCGUCCAGUCCAACUCAGUGGAGAGCCUGUGUAAAGGGAAGCCCCUGGAUUUUGUGUUCAUCAUCGAUAGCUCCCGCAGCGUGCGUCCCAGCGACUACGAGAAGGUCAAGAUCUUCAUCACCAACAUCCUGGCCUUCCUGGACGUGGGGCCGGAAGCGACGCGCGUCGGGCUGCUGCAGUACGGCAGCGUGGUGCAGAACGAGUUCUCCCUCAACACCUACAGCAGCAAGGCAGAUGUGGAGCGGGCGGUGAAGGCCAUGGACCACCUGGCCACCGGCACCAUGACCGGCCUGGCUAUCCAGUACACCAUGGAGACAGCCUUCACCGAGCCAGAGGGCGCCCGACCUGCCGACAUGCACAUCCCCCGCAUCGCCAUGAUCAUAACGGACGGGCGCCCCCAGGACACGGUGGAAGAGGUGGCGGCACAGGCCCGGCAGGCGGGCAUCCAGAUAUUCGCCAUCGGAGUGGGCAGGGUGGAUAUGAACACGCUGCGGGUCAUCGGGAGUGAGCCCCACUCGGAGCAUGUGUACCUGGUGGCCAACUUCAGCCAGAUAGAGACCCUCACCUCCGUCUUCCAGUCCAAUCUGUGUGGAGCGGAAGACCCGUGUGAUGUGGUGGACCAUGGCUGUGCCCACAUCUGUGCCAAGGUGCCAGGGGUACUUGGCUACGAGUGUCGCUGCCGGCUUGGGUAUGAACUCAACGAGGACGAGAGGACGUGCCGAAGAAUAGAUUACUGUGACCUGGGGAACCAUGGCUGUCAGCAUGACUGUGUCAGCUCUCCUGAGUCCUACGUCUGUAGAUGCACGAGGGGCUAUGUUCUCAACCGCGAUGGCAAGACCUGCAGCAAGAUUGACCACUGUGCUCUUGGCGACCAUGGGUGUGAACAUGAGUGUGUGAACACUGAAGAUGUAUUUUUCUGUAAAUGCAAUGAAGGCUACAUACUCAGACCUGAUAAUAAAGCCUGCAAAAAGCUGGAUCCAUGUUCCCUUGGUAACCAUGGGUGUGAGCAUGACUGUGUGAACACUGAAGAUUCAUUUGUGUGUAGAUGUCGAGAAGUCUACAAACUCAGACCUGAUAACAGAACCUGCCAGAAGGCAGUGUGUGGAGAUGGAGUGAUGGAUCUGGUAUUUGUAAUUGACGGCUCUAAGAGCCUGGGACCGGCCAACUUUGAGCUGGUCAAGCAGUUUGUGAACGGCAUCGUGGACUCUCUGGACGUGUCCGGCACGGGCACCCACGUGGGGCUGCUGCAGUACUCCAGUAAGGUCCGCACAGAGUUCAUCCUGGGUCAGUAUACCUCAGGCCUGGACAUCAACAGGGCCGUAUUGCGGAUGCAGUACAUGGGCAGAGGAUCCAUGACAGGUGCUGCCCUGCGUCACAUGUUUGAGUACAGCUUCUCUGCCAAGGAGGGGGCCAGGCCCGACAUACCACGGGUCAGCAUCGUGUUCACCGAUGGACGAUCCCAGGAUGAUGUGUCGAAAUGGGCCACUAAGGCAAAGGAUGCUGGUAUCACGAUAUAUGCACUUGGUGUUGGUAAAGCCAUCGAAGAGGAGCUCAGGGAAAUUGCUUCUGAGCCAGAUGAUAAGCAUUUGUACUAUGCUGAAGAUUUUAGCAACAUGGGAGAAAUUACAGACAAAUUGAAGUCACGGAUAUGUAAAGAGAAACCCUCCCCUCAAGAUAUGUGUAAGUGUGAGAACGUGAUGCUCUUCCAGAGGCAGGUCAACGAACAGCUUAGGAGACUGACCCAGAAUAUUGAGGUUGUGUCAGAAAGGAUGGAGACCCUUGAGAAUCAGCUUGAACCCAAAUGAAGGAUAAAGACAUUGUUUUCAUCUGUUCGUCCUCAACUGGCCUGCGGUGCAAGAGCAUUACUAAACUUCAAGGGAUAACUUUAAGCUAUUUCAACAAGCUACACUGAAAUAUUUUCUACAGUAACUGCUAUUUAUAUUCUGAACAAAACUAUGCAUUUAUGCAUGUGGCUGUGGACUGGAGUAAGUGAAGCCAAAAAUACUGUAUAUCUUUGCUACAUGCAGGUAUGUUUAUUUUUAAAAGUAAAAUGUUAUUUGGCAGAUAACUGCAAUUUAUAGAUACAAAUAUAACUCGUAUAAGAUACAGUACAUUUUAUAAUGACAAAUCAAAGUAAAAUGACUUGUAUUUCAAGCUAAAUACUUUAUUGCUGUUGUGAAUAAAAUCCCUGUUGAUCUUG